AAAAUGUAAUAUUAUAAAUCUAAUAUAUAGAUUUAAUUUGAUAAACAAUGACCUUAUACUUUGACAUACGAGUGCAAAAUCCUGAAACAGCUUCAAUAAACACAUUUGCAACUUGGCACAAUAAUUAUCCUUUAUUAGCUGUUUCUGCAUAUUCUCAAGACAAGGGUGGUUUUGUAAUUGUUUACGAUGAUCAAGGUGAACCUGUGCAGGACAUUGAGUCACCAGGACAUAUUGUAGCGCAAGUUACUGCACUCGGAUGGCAUCCUGAGAGAACAUGGUUGGCAGCAGGAUGGGAGAACGGAGAAUUGCGAGUAUGGCCAGGAGAUACCGGAACUCAAGAAUUCAGUGUAAUAGCAACUCCUCAUCGAGAGUCUAUCACAAUUCUGCAAUGGAGUCAGUAUGGUGGCUGUUUAGUAUCCGCAGAUACUGGUGGAUCUAUAGUUGGCUGGAAAAUAGAUUCCAGAGGACAACUUUUCAUGACAUUCCAUCAUGAAUUGAAAGAGUCUUUUACGCAAAUUGCAUUUAGAACAAAUCCCCCAAAACCAACUAUUGACAUUAGUGGGUUAGCAAAGGCAGCAGUUGCUGGUGAUGAAAGAGCCUUGGAUUUAUUUAGUUCGUGGCGACCAAGAACUGCUGCACCUACAGUGGUUUCAACUCAACGAGACAAUCAUGCAUUCUACAUUGGUACUGCAAAUGGCAUCAUAUAUUUUGUUGACUCUCAGGGACAAUGUAAGGAAGUUCUCAGUACUGAUGGUGCAACAUUAUAUUGCUUAUUGUAUCAUCAGACCAGAGACUCUAUCAUCAUCAUGACAGAGGGAUUAAAUAUUGGACACUUUCAAUCAGACACAAUCAGUGGAGAGCUCACUGAGUUGACAAAGGUAAAAUUAAAUAGCAGAAAUGAUAUAUCACGUACUGCUAGUACCACUCUAUGUUGGAUCAGUGGAAAUACCUUGGCUGUGCUCACAGGAGAACUCGCUAUCCGAUGUUGGGAUCUUCAUACAGGUGAUACAUACGUUCUCUCGCCUCCAGAUUCAUCUAAUGGAAAUAUUGCCACUCCUCAGGAAAUGUGUACCAGUUUGGCGUUUUGCAAAAGCAAUGAUACUUUGGCUGUUGGUACUAAUUUGGGAACAAUUUAUUUAUGGAAACGGAAAUCUUCCUCUGACAAUGAUGAGAAUGCCUGGCAAAACGUGCCAGAAUCUUGCGCGAUUCAUGGAACAGUGAAGCAAUUGACAUGGGGCAUCAGUUUAUCACGGAAUUCUCUUCUGGCUGUCAACUGCAUCACCAAUGUAUUUAUCUUGCGUCAACAGUCAAUGUGCGCUGUAUAUAAUAAUGGCAUUUGCGCGAGUCAGCUCACACCUACACAGAUUCUACUUGAGAUGGACGAACAGAGCUAUACGCUAAAGACAGACAUUCAAGUGCAAGUAAUUGCCGUUACAAAAGAGUAUGUCGCCGUUUCUUCCGGUAGACAAAUUAUUGUCAAUCGCAUUAACAAAAGUAUCAAUCUCAACACGACUGUAUUGGCGACCUUCACUUGUGAUACCGAAAAGAUGCUCAUUUAUGAGCAUACAUUGAUUGUGUUGACUCCAAUAAACAUUCAGUUGCGAUCUAUAGAAGGUUCUGUCAUUCAGACAUUACCUUCUUUACCAGAAGAGGGUGAACCGAUCACGAUGGAAUUAACAGGACAGUAUUUGACAGUUGCGUCAUUGAAUGGUAUCCUGAAAAUAUGGGAUCUAGGCAAGCAUGAGGCUAAAUUACAUACUCGAGCUAUGGCGACAUAUGAGGCAAUCAGUGACUUUGCCGAAAUCAUUGAGGCCAGAUGUAAUUCGGAUUGCCGUUGUGUCUCGAUCACUGUGGCAAUGGCGAAUCUUAUGCCUAGUCCGAUUUUAUAUGUUUGGGACAUUGAAAGCGAUCAAGUCCAUGAGUUCGAUUUUGGAGAGUCAAACGACAUCAUUGAUGAUGAUUCCACGUUAAUUACACAAUGCAAAGGAAGAUUGGUUACGGCACAUUGCUGGGAUAUGGAAGAUCCCAGAUUACUGGUAUGUCGAGCUCAAAGAUUGGAUAGCCGUGAUUCUAAGAGUUAUAAAAGCGGCGAUCAGAUUACACAAGCUCCUGUAGUAUUGGUAUCAUUAUUCGCAACAUCAGACCAUAGUAUUGUCGUACAAGACGUGAAACCAAUAGCUGACGAGAAUUGUCGAUUAUUAGGUGUGCAUUCGCCAUAUAUCGUUAUCCUGAACUCUGAAAAGAGUUUAGAUAGAAACAGUAAGAUUGUGCAGUUGUUAAUGAGAGACUUUGAAGAAUUGGGAGAUUGCGAUUCUGUCACGAAAAAGGCAGUGAUGGAUUUCAGUUAUCAUAUUAGUGUAGCAAAUAUGGAGGAGGCUUUUAAAGCCAUUAAAUCCAUAAAAAACGAGGCUGUUUGGAAGAGCUUAGCCAAAAUGUGUGUAAAAACAAAGCAAUUAAACAUGGCUCUUCUCUGUCUGGGUCACAUGAAGCUAGCCAAUGCUGCACGAGCUCUACGUGAAGCGAUGCAAAAUGAUACUUUGAAUUUAGAAGCACAAGUAGGAGUACUGGCUGUUGAACUUGGUCUUUAUACUGAUGCUGAACAUUUAUUUCGAGAAGCAAAACGUUUGGAUCUGCUAGGACAACUAUUCGAAGCGCGAAACAAGUUCAAGGAAGCAAUUGAAUUAGCCAGCAAUGAAAAUAAGAUUCGCGAAAAGACAAGCUACUACAAUUAUGCUCGUACACUAGAGCAACAAGGUAAAAUAGCGGAAGCUAUCGAUAUGUACACGAAAGCUGAUUGUCGAUUUGAAAUACCCAAAAUGCUUUUGAUGAGACCUCGAGAGCUUCUCGCAUAUCUCAAUAAUUCCGAAGAAUUGGAAAUUAAAAAUUGGCACGCCCAAUACACCGAGUCGACUGGCGAUAUGGAGACUGCUUUACAUCUUUACGAGCAAGCAAAAGAUACUUUGUCAAUGACAAGACUACUUUGUUAUUUCAAAAGAGAGGACGAAGCAUGCGAAUUAGUAACUAAAACAGGUCAUGCCGCAUCAGCAUAUCAUCUUGCUGCGCAUUAUGAAUCGAAGAAUAAUGUGACACAAGCGAUCCAUUUUUAUACAAUCGCUAAAGCUUAUACUAAUGCGAUUCGACUAUGCAAGGAACAUAAUAUGCUGGAAGAACUGUGGCCUCUGGCCAUAUUAGCGCCACGACAUUCGCAGAUAGACGUUGCCAAGUUCUAUGAGGAUAACAAUCAACCAGAUCGUGCAGUGCUGUUGUAUCAUAAAGCUAAUCUCUUGCAUAAAGCUUUAGAUAUUGCAUUUAGAACGCGACAAUAUAGUGCGUUGCAGCUAAUUAUCAUGGAUGUAAAUGCGGAUUCCGAUCCAGCUUUGAUUCGCAAGUGUGCCGAUUAUUUCAUGCAAAAUGAUCAAAUCGACAAAGCGGUAGACUUGCUCGCAACUGGCAAAGACUACAUGGCAGCUUUAGAGUUGAUCCAACAACAUAAUGUCGUGUUAACCGAAGAACUGGCGGAAAAGUUAACAAUUGAAAAAAGAAAUGACGACGAUGUGGAGCAUGAACGUUUAAGAAUUUCUACGCUUGAGAAAAUUGCGGAGAUCAGUUUCGAUCAAGGAAACUAUCAUCUUGCGACCAAGAAAUUCACACAAGCUGGAAACAAGCUGCGUGCUAUGAAAGCAUUGCUCAAGUCUGGUGAUACCGAAAAGAUCUGUUUCUUUGCGCAAGUCUCGAGAAAUAGCGAGAUCUACAUUAUGGCGGGCAAUUAUUUGCAAUCUCUAGACUGGCAGAAUCAACCAGAGAUUCUGAAAAACAUUAUCAAUUUCUAUUCCAAAGGCAAAGCAAUGGAUCUAUUAGCAAAUUUUUAUGUAGCAUGUGCACAGGUAGAAAUUGAUGAAUUUCAGAAUUAUGAGAAAGCGCUGGAUGCAUUGAAUCAAGCUAGUAGGUGUUUAAUUAAGGUAAUGACACCACGUGAUCCGGAUGUUCAUAAACGAGCGGUGGAAUUAGUCAACAAUAGGAUGUCAAUGAUUAAACGCUAUUUGGAUAUUAAAAGAUUAUUUGAGAGAGGAGAAACGGAAACGGCAAUGCAACAGGUUCGAUAUUUACUAGAUUCCCAAGGUCCUAGUCUGGAACAAUCAGUGCGUCGCGGCGAUUUAUUCGCGACAAUUACACAACAUUAUGCCAAUAUAGGAGACCUUGAAAAAGCUAGGGCUACUAUCGAAGAAUUGAAACGCUUGGUACCAGGAAUUAAUUUGAGUUAUUAUUUUAACAUAAAUCUUCUUGAGUUAUUAGGAUAUAAAAUGACAGUGGAACGGCAGGACGGUUCCGAUAAAGAUGAUGGAAUUGAAGAGCUCUUAGGAGAAUAAAGCUUCUUUAAAAACUUAAUUUUUAAUUUAAAAAAUUAAUAAAGGAUUAAUAAAUAAAAAUCAAUUAAAUUAUAAAUAUGAGGAUAUUACAUAGAAGUAAUAGACACAGACACAUAUCUAAAACAUUGCAUAUGUGGACAUCGAGGACGCCUUUGAAAGGGCAUUCUCAAUUGGCAAUUACCUCUAAAUAAGUGAAGAUUAACUCGGAAUCUGUCGAAUACGAAUCAAAUGUUCAAAAAAUUGUGCAUUUUAUAGCUCAGUAAGUAAUAUUAAGAAUGUACUGAUGCUAACAUUCUAACGUUGAUAAUAUUCCAAAAAUUUAAUAAAUGUUUCUAUUUAUUAUCUGAAUACGUGUGUAAAACCUGAAGACGAUAACCGGUUCAUGAGUUAUUCAACUUUUAAUUUUGCAUGAGUUCUUAUGAAAUAGCAGCAUAUUUUCACUUAUAUAGGGUAUCUGAUAAUAAUCGCCCCACCCGUAAUGUGCAGAUAGAACAGAUUAAACCAAGCAGGAAAAUCCUGUAUCAUUUUUUUGUAUAACGUUUAAUAAAGGAAUUAUUAUUGAGUAAAGCCUGGCCAAUCAUCGCCGAUCUUUAGUCGGGCGCACGUCAAUAAGCUGCGCGCCUGAUAGUGAGCGAGAGCGCUUCACCGUUACGACGGCACACCACCAGGCGCGCGGUUCACCGACGUGCGCCCGGCUAAAGAUCGGCGAUGAUUGGCCAGAAUUUACUCAAUAUUAAUUCUUUUAUUAAGCGUUAUACAAAAAAUGGUGAAGGACUUUCCUGCUCAGUUUAGUCUGCUCUAUCUGCACAUUACAGAUGGGGCGAUUAUUAUCAAAUAUCUUGCAUAAACGAAAUUAUAAGAAAGCAUUAUUACCAUAAAUAUUCUGAACUUUAUUUGUGAAUAAAUAAAAUACUGAGCAAAAUUUCUAAAAACACUUGAUAUUGAUCCACAAACUCAUUAUCGAGUUAUUAAUGAAAGAGUAAUACAAAAUUCCGAAAAUGAUAUUAAAUAUUAAAAUAUAUUAAAUAUAUUAUUAAUAUACGCAACAUUUUUUUUGUUUCUUACAGUUGGUUUCAGAUGAAAUUGACGUCCAAAAAUUUUUUUUUUGUUGGCGAUCAUAAAAUUUGCACAAUGUGCAAAUAUAUUCAUUUGUAAUGCCAAAAUCAUAUUAACUGGCAUUAUUUAAGUCCUUUAUAUAUAUCCGAGCAGUCCUUUACAGAUACAAACACAUAUAGUACAUAUCUUAAUCCACAAAAACAUAAAAUUUCAUCAAUUUUAAAUUAAAGUAACUUUUGUCUAGAAUUAUAUAGCCAGUACAUCCUUAAGUCACCUAAUAACAAUUAAUAAAAAAGAAAAAGCACCAGUAAUAAGAAAUGAAAAAUAAAUUUUGAUGGAGUUGAGUUUGUAUAUAAUAUGUAUAUAAUAUAGUAUAUAAUAUGUUUAAUUAGAUUAGUUGCUGUCCUUGUUGCUGUUUUUUUAAAAUAAUAUGAAGAUAUAUACUUGUAGCCACGCACGUGACCGUACAAAAUACUGACCUAGUUUACACCGAUAUACUUUAAUAUCGAUUUACUAAAUACUAUAUCGACCAAUUACAACCAUUCCAUUCUUUAAAGGAAUAACUAUGAUUGGUCAAUGUAGUACUUAAUACGUAUUAAAAUUUAUCGGUAUAAACUAGGCUACUAGGGCCUGUGUACAGACACCAUAUCUUAACGAUAGCCAAAAUAUGAAAUAUAAAAAAAAUGCAGUGCAACAAAUUAUAACGCGCGGGCAGUCGCUAACUAAAAUUUAUACCAUUACAAACGGGCAGUCAAUAAUUUAAUUUUUAAACAGUAAUAAAAUAUAUUGUGAAAUAUCGUGCGAAACCAAUCUUAACAGCUACAAAAAGAAUACAUGAUCGAAGAAAUACAUACAUAGCACACGCACGCACGCACACACACACACACACACACACACACCAUCUAAGCUCAAUUAUUGUAUUGAAUAAAUUUAGCAAGAUAAGCCAACAAAUCGAAUUUUUGGGCGGAGCCAAAAUUCUAAUUCCUUAUCUUGUGAAUCCUUUAAUUUUUUUGUACGUCAUAUCCUGACACAGUAACUACAAAGAUGUUUAAAUUUUUCAAAAUAUUUCUAAUACUUUAAAGUUAAGUUGAGUCAGAUAUUACUGGUCUAUAGGUUUAUUACUGCGGUAAACCUCAACAAUGGAUUUAUUAUUAGAAUUAAUUGCUUAUUGAUUAAAUUAAAUUAUUAUUGCUUAUUGUAUUAUAUUGUUUUUUAUAAUCGAUUAGAUUUGGACCAAAAUUAAUUCUAAUGGGACUAGCAUAAGGUUCUCUUUAUUUAAAAACUCAAAUAAUUUUAAAAUAUCAAUAAAUUUAGCUCUGUGAUCAUGUUUAUCCCUGCACUAGCAUUCUUUGUAUCCUCAUCUGUACUCCUGCACUCAUAAAAUUCUGUAUUGAAUUAAUCAUUGCUAGUACAGUUCUAACACAGCUACAAAUAACAAAUUUUUAUUAAUUUUACAUGGCAAUGUUGUAUACAAUUAACAAUAAGAAAUCUUAAGAAUGUAUCAUGUGUCGAAACAUUGACAAAAACAUGGAUUUCGAAGGCUGUUCUAUUCUUCUGAAUAUCUAUGCACAACUUAAGCACAAUUCUCUUAUUGAUUUGGAAAUUAUUUAAGUUUAAAGUUACUAUUGAUUCUUAUGGAAAAUCACGUAUCUUAGCUCAUUGACAAAUUUGACAAGGAAUAAACAUUGCCAACAAAAUAAAAAUUUACAUAUUAAAAAAAAACUCUAAUAAAUAUUUGCGCGAAAUUUGAUUUAGAUUCACUUACUCGUUUAAAAGUUAUUUACU